AUGCAGAUGCAGACGCGCCUGCUAGAUGAGCCGAAUCUCACACUCGAAACCGCGGUGUCGACUGCUCUCGCCAUGGAGUCUGCCAAGCGCGACGCGUCGGAGCUCUGCUUAACGGAAGGGGCUGUUCCUGCAAGAGAGAGAGAAAAACUUGACGACUCGCACCACAGCACACCCAAGUCAGUACAGCGCAGCGCCGUUUCUUCAUCUGACGAAGAAACUGUCUACAACAUGUGGAACUUGGUCGCAAGGCCCAGUGUUCCUGAACCUAAACCUUUCACGGUGCAGCUGGAAGUACAGGGGCGUCCAUUCAGAAUGGAACUCGACACUGGGGCGAGUGUGUCCAUCAUUGGAGAAUCAACUUUGCACCGUCAAUUUCCGUCGCUACCUCGUCAACCAUCCAAAGUCCAGCUCAGAAGUUACUGUGGUGACCUCAAGCCUGUGGCUGGAAGGAAUUGGAUUGAGGCACUGAACAUACCUGUGUUCAAUGUCACUGAUGUCAGUGCUUUGAGUGAUGUCGAGCAACUAAUUGACCAACACUCCAUAUUGUUUUCCGAUGGUCUAGGAACAUUUCAGGGCGUGUCAGUUAAGCUGUCAGUCCAAGAGGGAGCAAAUCCACGCUUCUUCAAGGCUCGUACAGUUCCGUUUACACUAGUGGACAAGGUGUCUGAAGAGCUGUUGAGACUGCAGCGAGAAGACAUCCUGGAGGCAGUCGCUUCAUCUGAAUGGGCAGCACCAAUUUUGCCAGUGUUAAAGGAUGGUAGCCUUCGCAUUUGUGGGGAUUACAAGGUGACGGUUAAUCCGGUUGCUGUUGUUGAUAAGUACCCAAUCCCUAAAGCAGAAGAACUGUGGGCCAGGCUCUCGGGUGGGGUCAAGUUCACCAAACUUGAUCUCAAGGAUGCUUACCAGCAAUUAGUUUUGGAGCCCACUUCAAGGAAGCUCACUACCAUCAACACACCAAAGGGGCUAUUCCAAUACAAGAGGCCACCUUUCGGAGUCUCAGCAGCGCCAUCCAUUUUUCAGCGAGAGAUGGAGACUCUCCUUCAGGGCCUACAUCACGUCGUAGUAUACUUUGAUGAUAUCCUGGUGACUGGCACGGAUGACAAAGAUCACCUCAACAACCUUGGCAAGGUUUCCCAAAGAAUGGAAGAAAGAGGACUCAAGCUGAAAUACAACAAGUGUAAGUUUAUGAUGGAUAGUGUGGAGUACCUCGGUCACAUCAUUGACGCUGAUGGACUACACACGGCACCACACAAGGUUGAAGCAGUCAUAAAGGCUCCCGUACCAAGCAAUGUAAAGGAGCUACAGAGUUUCCUAGGGCUGGUAAACUAUUACAGGAGGUUUAUGCCCAACCUUUCUGCUGUACUUCAUCCAUUGCAUCAACUGCUGUCAGCUGGAACCUCGUGGUGCUGGAAGAAAGAACAAGAGGACGCAGUAGCUGAAGCCAAACGACUUCUCCCUUCAGCCCCAGUCCUAGCGCAUUAUGUUCCCAAGCAAGAACUUGUACUUACCUGCGAUGCUUCUUCUUUUGGGCUUGGAGCUGUGCUGUCCCAGCGUGAUGCUCAGGGUAUGGAGCGUCCCAUUGGGUUUGGAUCCAGGAGCCUACAGCCAGCCAAAAAAAACUAUUGUCAACUGGACAGAGAAGCACUGGCAUUCAUUUUUGCUGUCACAAAGUUCCGGCAGUACCUUUGGGGAAGACGUUUUGAAGCUGUCACUGACCACAAGCCGUUACUCCGACUGUUCGGCCAUGACAAGGCCAUUCCAGGUCGCAGCUCUCCAAGAAUUAUACGGUCGGCCCUCAUGUUGUCUGCCUAUGACUACACCCUGGUUUAUCAGCCAGAACAGACCAUAUGUCAUGCGGCCGGACUGAGCCGGUUGCCAUUGGAAACAAAGAAUUUUCCGGUGGAAGCUCCUGCGGAUGUAUUUAUGUUGGAAGGCAAAUAUCCACGCGUUUUGUCGUCCACAGCCAUUGCCCAGGCAUCAAGCAAAGAUCCUGUUUUGUCAAGGAUCCGUGACAAUUUGCUGUAUGGUGGCCAGCUGCCCCAUGAGCCGGAAUGGAGACAUUACAAGAGUCAUGAAAAUGAGCUCAGCCUGCAGGACGGUUCCAUUUUUGGGGGAAUGAGGGUGGUCAUUCCCCCGUCACUUAGACGAGAAGUACUUGAACUCCUUCAUGAGGGUCACCCUGGCAUCGAAAAAAUGAAAGCUCUUGUCCGAAGCCAUGUGUGGUGGCCUGGUGUCGACGAUAUGACAUCACAGACAAAGUGA